ACCAAGCAAUUUGUAUGCUUUUUUUAUGUCGAAUAUACUGAAGAAAAUGUCAUGAAGUACAAAAAAGUAGUCGAAGAUUAUGGUGAUGUAGAGAUCUGCUAUAACGCCGAUCCAAAACAACCGAUAUUGGUGACAGAAAGGAGGAUUCAUGAAUGCCCUCAAUUAUAUCGUUUGUAUCCAGCGAGCACCUCCAGUUUGUUGGAAAAUCAACCGUGA